AUGUCAGACUUGGCCAGUACUGGACAAGUAUUUCAAGCAUUGGCGAUUGGCGUCUCAACACGGGAGAAGGAUGCCGAUGGAAAAAUUUCGCACACUCUUGAAAUAGUCACUUCAGGCAUUUCUCCGUUCAAAACAUACUCAAACAAAGGCGCCAUCACCCUACAAAGCAUAGCUUUGUAUGCAGGCAGCUUGGGUCCUUUUACUCUCGAUAUAAGCUUCGACAUAGACACCUACGACGUUAACGGCAGUAUCACAGUUUUCGGACAUUCUAUUCUUGGAGUCGCGCUCAACGCAAAGACCUUGGAUGAUCUCAAAUACAAUAUCGGAAUAGCCAAGGGCGAUUUGUUCUUCUAUAUCGAGAAUGACAAUGAGCUGUGGGUACAUCUGAAAUGUGACCCAGUCGUUGGCAGAACUUACAAGAAGAAUUCGAAACUCCUGCAGUUCUGA